GCCAGCCUAGCCCACGCUGUUGGCCUCCUCUCGCAGUCGCCUCGCCUCGCCUCCGCCCCUUUCCCCCUCGGCGUCGUCAACCCACCGCCCCCCACCCCUACCCGCUGCUGCUAGCCCGCAGCUCCCUCGCUUCCUGCACCCACCGCCCGCGGCGCGGCCCAGAUCCCGCUCGCCGGUGGUGGCCUCUCACCCCCCCCCCUCCCUCCCGCCGCCGGAGCAAGGGGGACUGCCCAAACCCUAGUGGGAGUAGGAGACCAGGAGGGAGGGCGCGCGAGAUCCGGCGGCGGCCGCCCCGAUGGGGGACUUCAACGUGGCGCUGGUGAUCGUGGCGGCGGUGGUCAGCGUGCUGGUGCUGCUCGUCAGCGUCUACCUGCUCGUCAACUACCAGCACCCCGACGACGCCAACCAGGCCUACUUCCCCAAGCUCGUCGUCGUGCUCGGCCUCACCGUCGCCGUCCUCUCCAUCCUCAUGCUCCCCGCCGACGUCGCCAACCGCCAGGCCUGCCGCAAGGCCGUCUACAACGGGGCUUGCGACCUCACGCUCCCCAUGAGGACGCUCUGGCUCGUCGUCUACAUCGUCGACGCCGUCCUCGUCUUCCUCGUCAUACCAUUCGCCAUGUUCUACUACGAGGGCGACCAGGACAAGUCCGUCGGGAAGAGGCUCAGGACCGCCCUCAUCUGGGUCUUCGCGUCCGCGGUGGUUUGCGGCCUCGUCCUCGGUAUCCUAUACGGACUUGUUGGUAAAGUGGACUUCACUGUCAGGCACCUAUCUUCAACGGUCCAGACAUUUCCAAACUCAUUUUCUGGAUUCUCAAGUGGCCAGCCUUGCUUUAGUCAAUUGCCUCGUGUGUGUGCAGCUUCUACUGCACCGGCUAACUCGCAAACAACUUGGACAAUGCGUGCUACCUUCCCUGAAUAUGUGGUUGCUCUUACUACAAUCGUUGGAUCUGUGCUUUUCACGAUAUUUGGUGGUGUUGGAAUUGCCUGCCUUCCAUUGGGACUUAUAUUCUCAUUUAUCCGGCGUCCAAAAGCUGUAAUUACACGCUCACAAUAUAUAAAGGAAGCAACUGAAUUGGGAAAGAAGGCCAGGGAGUUGAAAAAAGCGGCUGAAGCUCUUCACCAAGAAGAAAGAAGUGGGAACAAGGGCCGGAAAUGGCGCAAAAAUGUGAAGGCUUUAGAAAAGGAGUUAUUACUUUUGGAAGAUGACAUGAAGGCUCUAGAAGAGAUGUAUCCUCAAGGAGAACAGGCUGAGGCUACUUGGGCAUUCACAGUCCUUGGGUACAUUGGAAAACUUAUAUUUGGUGUUGUUGGGUUAAUUGUUUCAAUAGCUUGGGUUGCACAUAUUGUCAUAUACUUGUUGAUUGAUCCUCCUCUAUCUUCUUUCCUGAAUGAAGUCUUCAUAAAGUUGGAUGGUGUUUGGGGUCUCCUUGGGACUGCUGCUUUCGCGUUCUUCUGCUUCUAUCUCCUUAUUGCAGUGAUUGCUGGGGAGAUGAUGCUUGGUUUGAAACUUGUUUUCAUCACAAUUCACCCGAUGAAAUGGGGAGGCACUUUAAUGAACUCCUUCCUGUUUAAUGUUGGGCUCAUACUACUUUGCUCCAUCAGUGUGAUUCAGUUCUGUGCCACGGCUUUUGCCUACUAUGCCCAAGCAACUGCUGCUCAAGAGAUCUUUGGCCACACAUUGCAAUCCCUUCGUGGAAUUAAGUAUCUUUACAAGUACAAUGUUUUCCAGUAUGGCUUUGUUGCUCUUGCCAUUCUCACACUCUUCUACUAUGCUAUAUUUGGAUGGAGAAAGAGGAAACCAACAGGAAGGUUCCAGCUCUCAAAUUGAUUUGCUCUGUAAGUGAAGCUUGACGGAUUCAUCAUAUUUGCCCCCUGAGUUAGUUAGGGUCUUAGGGAUGUAUAUGAUCAACCAAACGAAACCAAAUCAUCUUCUCAAAGUUGAGGAACUGCAAAUGGUGUAAAUUAUCAGCUAUGAGACUUCAAAGGCGAGAACGGGGGGACUAUUGGUUACCACGAACAUGGAUUUUAAAGUAGAACCCAGUUGACUUUGCAGUGUACACAUUUCUUGUAUCGGCUCUUCAUUUACGUCUGUAUUAUUGCUUUAUGAUUGGCUGGUGAUGUUAUUCAUGAGAGAUGUUUGGUGUGUCUGGGGGCGCUUUGCCCCCCUUUGAUAUUCAUUUCUUGGCUGUGUCUGGAGUUAGGUCAGUUCAUUGCUUUUAUAUGUAUUAUAUACUGUGAUUACAACACAAGGUUCUAGGUUGUAUUAAUGAUGUCUUGAUUAUCCUUGUC